AUGGAGAAAGCUAACAACGAAAUAAGUCAGUUCCAAAAGAAGAGGAGAAUGCGAAAUUGCCGCAAGAAACGGAGGAGACAAGAGCGAGCGUUAGCCAACCGCAUGGUUAAUGAAGAGGUUUUAGCGCAGAAAGUAAAUGCAGCCGUGAAGGAGCAGAAAGCACUCGCUGAGAAAUAUUUACCAAGUGGAAAAACAUUUCUAAAGAAGCAAACGAACUUCGACGUAAAAUACCGGCACAAAGUCGCAAGAGAAAGGUAUGAUUUUGCUUCAAGAAUAGUUGGAAUGUGAUAUAUUUUGGAUACAGUAAUAUAUUUAUUAUAGACCUAGCCCUAAGCCCAGGACACCCCCACUCUAAUACUGCACCCCCUGUAUACUUCACAUACAGGUAUACUGCUGUAAAUAGAUUUAUUAAAUAUCAUUGAAGUUCAUGCUAGUUAAAUCAAUAAGUUCUCUUCUCUAUUGUACAAUUAAGCAUCCUCUCCAAUAAAUUCCCACUCAAAUGUGCCAAGGGAGGGGGGGGGGGAUGGUUAUUACAUGAUUUGUGGUGCUGUGUAACCCAUCAAAUCAUGUGGCGACACCUAGACUACAGUACAUAAAGUAAAGGUAAAGCUAAAAAUAUUUUACAACAUUUAUUAUUGAAAAUAUCAAGUGUCGGAUAUUAAAUAUUGACUGAGACCAGUGAUUCUGAAAGGAAACAGUAUGUUUUGCUGACUGAGGCAUACAGUGUUUGACAAAACAUGCUGUUUCCUGCCAAACAACAACAACAACAUCAGUCAAUAAUAUUUCAUUAUACUUGCCAAGUGUAAAAAUUGUCCAAAUCAUUGAAACAAACUAUAUACAUGCCCUCAUGGUUUUUGCCAGGAUUAGCAACAUUCAUGCAAUUUUGGCAAAAUGUCAAACAUCACUAGUACUGUUAUACCUUAAUACACCCUUCCGGAAUGUGCAGAACAUCAUUGGCUAUAGAGUAUAGAAUCUCGUUUUCAGGUAUAUGAUGUAAAACCUAGCAUCUCAACCAUGAAAACAUGGCUCUGUAGCCAAGACGAUGUACUUUCUGGAAGCAUGUAUUGUACUCACCACCACAUAAUAACUUAUACCAAUAAAUAUUGAGAGGGAUUAAAAGUACAAUACCAGAUUUACUAUUUGUUGGCUACAUUAUUUUUUACAUAGAAAUUUAAUUAUAUUACUAAUGUUAUAGGUUUCAAUGGAUACUGCUGCAACUGGUAAUGCCUCACUAACCAAAAUGAGUACUGCUUCAGUAAAACAAAUUAGGCCAUGUGAGUUGUUGCCAUUGGAAGUAAAUAACUCGGCCACUAUUCCUGUUGCCUCUGGAACCUAUGGGGAUUGUUUUCUUAAAACGUUUAAGAGAUUUGGGAUUACUGUUGUUGAGAAGAAGCUGCCAACAUCUGAUUUAAAAGCAGUUAUGAAUGAGGCACAAUGUAUGAAUACACUAACUCAUGCAUCUAUUCCAUAUUUAUUAGGGGUCCAAAUUGAAGAAAAACCUUUCUCUUUAGUUAUGCAGUUUGUUGGUGAUGAGAAUUUGGAAUCAGUAACAAUUCAUAAGUUGUUGCACCAAACCAUACCAAAACAUUUGUUACUUUCUGCAAAUGAGUGGAUCUCAGUUUUACUUGACAUUGCAGAAGCUCUUUUUCAUGCUCACAUCAAGGGUUUUUUGCACUGUGAUGUCAAGUCAAACAAUGUUCUUGUUACAGGAAAGAAAGGUUUUCUGAUAGACUUUG